GGAGAAACUAGAUGCCGUGCGUUAGCGCACCCACAAGAAAACCCGGCCCACCAGCGCCGUUCGUAGUCAUGGCACCUCAGCUCGGUAUACACCGCGUGCGUCAUUUUCCAGCACUCCCCACCAGGACUCCGUACCUCAGGGUAGUGAUAGCCGCAGCAGUACUAGUUAUAGCCCAUUCCUUGCUUCUGCCCCAUGAUUGUGAAGCAGCCUCGAUAGAACCCACCCAGGAAGACGCGCUUCUGGCCAUCAAAUCCGAGUGGGGCGAAUUCGACGGCUCAGAUACGUGGAUCUCCGGGGCCGACUGCGCCCAUUGGCUGGGCAUCAGCUGCAACCGCGACGGCGACGUUAACGACGUGAUGCUGAUUUCGUCACGGGUUGCCGGAAGGAUUUCGCCCAGCAUCGGCGACCUAUCAGCACUCGAGAGUAUCACCCUCGUGGGGAACAAUCUGACUGGUUCGCUUCCCGACGAAAUCAGCAACCUCCGCUCGUUAAAGGAACUCUACAUUUCGGGAAACGGAGGUGGACUAUCCGGGCCUUUCCCCGAUAGUGUGACGGCGCUCACGGAUCUGUCAAUUCUUAUCCUCUCGGACAACCAGCUGAUUGGCGAAGUUCCGCGAGGGAUUGGCGAGCUCACGAACCUGGUAACCCUCUCCCUCAGCGAGAACAAACUCACGGGUCAGAUUCCUCCCGGCGUUUCGGCUCUGCAACGGCUGACGUGGCUCGACCUCGCGUCUAAUAGCUUGGUAGGAACCAUCCCCUCCGAUCUCUCGUCCCUGCGAUCCCUUGUGGAGCUGUCUCUCGAAUCUAAUCGCCUCUCCGGAUCGAUCCCCUCAAGCUUCGCCGAACUUCGCGUACUUCGCACGCUUCGCCUGGGCCAUAAUCGCAUCUCCGGCCUCGUCCCCUUCGAUGUCAUCGGCUCCAUGAAACGGCUGGAAGUGCUCGGGCUUCAACACAACUCGUUACACGCAUAUUCGUUAGCGCCGCUAGCCGCGCAUCCCUCGCUACAGUACAUCGAUGUCAGCUGGAAUGGGAUCUCGGGCAGCAUUCCGGAGGAGUUCGGUCAGAUGAAGAACCUGACGGGGCUGAACCUUGCAGGAAACGCGCUCCAGGGGAAAGUGCCAAGAAGUCUAUUUGGUGGCGAGGGCUCCGAGUUGAACUAUCUCAACUUGGCUUAUAACGAAUUCACCGGAAUCUUCCCGUGGACGUCGCUUCGCGGGAUGGAAAACCUCGAUAGUAUCACGCUCAGCCACAACCGAUUCGUGGGGAUCGUUCCUCCCGAUGCCCUGGUCAACGUCCCCCUCAGCUUCCUCAACAUCUCGCACAAUUUCUUCUCGGGCAGGUUGCCGGACUUUGGCAGCUCAGAUGGAGAUUUCGCAGCUGACCUCCGAGGGAAUUUCUUCUAUGGGACCGGGGAGGUGCUGGUGGGAAACGAGCCGAUUUGCCCUGUGGAAUCUCCCAACCAUUACUCGCCUAGUAGCAACUCCCUGGCGAGCAUGCCGGCCACUCAGCUAUUUGCCACGUGGAAUUGCCUUGCUUUAGCUGAUGAGGUAUGCCCUAUGGAGUCUCAGCACAGGGGCGAGCUGUGCAGCACGUUCUGCGGCACAAAUGCCACAGAAGCGCCUUGCUCGGGCCAUGGAGUGUGCGUCCCGGCUGCCACACUAGAGGACUAUGAAUCUGGGUCGCCCGAUGCAUUGGCGCCAGAGUACCUGCAGUUUGAGUGCGUGUGUUUCAGGGGCUACCAGCUGGCAGAGGGUAGCAGGCAUGAGUGUGUGCCAAUAAUGGCAGACAUGAGGGCGAGAAGAAGGGGACCUGCAGAGCUCUUGACUAGGGGAGAGAGAAGGGAAGGGAAGGUGUAGGUUAGCAGGGUGUAUUGGUUUGAUGUUAGAGUCUUCAACAAUAGCUUAGAAGGGAAAGUCAUGGGGUUAUGGAAGGUAUUGCACCUAGAUUUGGGUCUUGGGUUGCAACACCUUCCAGGGGUUGCAUGAUGCCAUGAUGGCAAUAACAAAUGCUUUAGCAUGUGCAGCAACAUCUUGCGCCAACCUCUUGUUGUCUAGCAAUUAGCCUACUCAGCUUGUAUAC